AUGGAGCUGUGCCCGGGGUCCGCGCCGCCCUCGGGAUGGGCGCUGCCGCUCCUCCUCGCCCUGGGCGCCGCCGGGCUCGGCCACGGCACCCCGCACCUGCCGUACUCCCGGCCGGGCUCCCGCAGCAAGAACUGGUGCGCCUACAUAGUGAACAAGAACGUGAGCUGCUCGGUGCUGGACGGGACGGAGAGCUACGUCCAGGCCCAGUACAAGUGCGCCUGGAACCAGUUCCCCUGCGAGCCCACCCUGGUAUACCGAACGAGUUUCAGACCUCGGUACACAGUUGCAUAUAAGACAGUGACAGAGCUAGAAUGGAGAUGUUGUCCUGGCUACAAAGGGGAGGACUGCAGGGAGGGACCAGCAGAAAAGCCAAACACGGCUCGUCGUCCCACAACGCCAGCAAAAGCUGUCAUGAAGAAAGGCACAGAUGCAGAACCAACAGAAGCACCGGAGCCUCCGCCCUAUGAGAAGAGAAUGCAGUUUCUUGAGGACGAAUUGUUUAGACUUACACGGUCUGUGAUUGAGCUUCAGUCCUCUGUGGCAGGUGUGAAUGAAAACCUGAAGCUGACUGUACAAGAAGAUGCUAGCAAGAUGUUGGUCACUUGGCUGAACAACCUCUACGACCGCCCGGAGCCUGACAGUGCAGUUGGUGGUGAAACAGACACUAUUCAGCUGCCAGGACUCCUCAGCAAUAAAGAUCAAAAAGACCCUUUUAUUGAUUUUGAAGUGGAAGAUAUAAAAGCUGAGCUAGCUGAGGUCAAAGAAGCCUUGAAGAUGAGGAAUGAUGAGCUGGAGGAACUGAAUGGAAAAGUAAAAGGCUAUGAAGGACAAUUAAAACAACUACAGGAGGCAGCACAAGGACCUACAAUAACAAUGCCCCGUGACAAUAUAUAUCAGGACUAUAUAGACUCAAAAUUUGAGUCCCUCAGGCAAGAAAUAAUGGAAGGAUUUGAAAAGAAAAUGACUGAUCUGAAGAACUCCUGUGAAUAUAAACUAGAGGAUGUUCAGCAGCAGUAUGAUGACAGUGAAAAUAACUGUGUAGGGAUAAUCGACGUUAUAAGAGGAAAAGAGAAUGACUUGAGGGAAGAAAUAAAUGCUCUCCGCGCUCAGAUUCCAUCGAACGACUCCAGUUGUUGUAAGAAGGGUGAGGGUGACUUUUACCAGCAGAUGAAAGAUUUAGAUAAGAAGAUUGACAGAAUUAUGGAAGCACAGAGGGUCUUGAAUGUCAGAAUAGAUAACGAAAUCAUUCGGUUGUCGACCCCAGAUCUAGAAGACGUGUUUGGUGAGAGGUUGGAGGAGCUAGAUGCGAGGAUGAAUAUUACAGAACGAAAUGCUGAAGAGCAUUGUUUUUACGUUGAGGAGACUCUCCGCGGUACUAUCGCUGCAGAGGUGGAUGAACUCAGAGACUUGUUUGACCAAAAGCUGCGGUCACUGGAGGUUAGGCUAGGCGGGACUAUUUUGGAGAUUGCCAACACCACGGACCCGGAGGGAAUGUUUGUUAAUCCUGGGCCUAUCUUGCCCAGCGAUGCAGGAUUUGCAAAUGAGCAGUUUACAGCAGAGAUGAAUUUCGUGAAGGACAAACUGCUGUCACUUGAACAGCUCUGUGGGCAGAAAUGUCAGUCUGCACCGCGAGGUACGGAGGACCUUCAGAAACAGCUAGAAAAUUGUAACAACAAGUACAAUCACUUGCUUUUGAAAACAGAGAAUAAUUCUGUUCUCCUGCAGUCUCUAAGUAGCUCUCUUAAUGAGCAACUCAACUUAAUUAAGGGUAACCAGCGUGACAUCCAGAAAAUGCAGAGAGACGUACGUGUAUUCCGAUACAAUCUAAAUGCCAUUGAUAAAGAUAUGAAAAAUCUUCAAGAUGGCCUGAGUAGCUGCAGGGAGCAGCUUCUGGGUGUCAAUUCGACGUGCAGAAAAACACAGCGAGGUGUUUUCCGAAAAAUUGAUCAAAUGCAGAGGACAUUUGCAAAUCAAACUGCUCAUUCCAGUGAGAAUUGUUGUGGUGAAGUGAAAGAGAGGCUAGAACAAUUGAACGACCAUAUCUUCAAUGAUCUUAGCAAGUGCAAAGAAAAGACCCAAGGUGUCCAGGAGGGUGUUUCAGAUGUUGAGAGCAGAGUCUCGCAUGUUGAAAAAGUCUGUGGCAAGCUGGACUCUGUUUCAGACAGCUUGCAGAAUAUAAAAGAAGGUCUGAAUAAGCACGUGAGCAGCUUAUGGAACUGCAUCCGUGAAAUGAAUGGAACUCUAGCAUCUCAUUCCACUGAUAUUUCUGGCCUCAAAAACUCUGUCCAACAGUUCCAUAGUCAGGUUUCCAAAAUCACCACAGACAUCGAAGGCAUGCUGAAAUCUCAGCCUGACACAAGACGACCGGAAGUACCGCAGCAGCCGUUGCCGCCGAGGCCGCCCGUGCAGCCCCAGCCUGGCAUUUCCCUGCUGCCGUCCAGGCCCCGGCUGCAACCCCCACGACAGAGGAUCCCCCUCCUGCCGCCACAGCUGAGACCGGCUCCACGCCCAGCUCUGCCGGGGUCAGCAGCUGUGCCGCUCCUGCCUGGAACAACCGGCAUCAUCUUGGAGACCGGGGAGGCCGGGCCUCCGGGCGCAGUUCGGAUGUCUGGGAGAGGGCGUCUUAGAAGUGCGGACGGUCAGGCCGGCCAGAGUACCAUGCCCAUUGCCGAGGGGUAUGCUGGAGCACCAGGAUAUCCAAAGCCAUCUCGUUCUACCACGGAUUCACAAGGACCUGCCACUGCUGCCGUGCCCUCUCUGGUGUCAUUUUCUGCUGGGCUCACACAGAAGCCUUUCUCCAGUGACGUCGGUGUGGUUCACUUCAACAAAGUGCUUGUGAAUGACGGAGACUAUUAUAACCCCAAUACAGGCAUUUUCACAUCGCCCUAUGAGGGGCGGUACCUGAUCACCGCCGUGCUGGCCCCAGAGAGGGAUGAGUACGUCGAAGCGGUGCUGUCCGUCUCCAACGCCAGUGUGGCUCAGCUCCACACUGCUGGGUACAGAAGGGAACUGCUGGAGUACCACAAACCCUACUCGGGGAAACAGACCUGUGGUGGUCCUGGGACGUUCCACCUUGUUCUUCACCUCAAAGCAGGAGACGAAGUAAACGUUGUUGUGACGGGAGGCAAACUGGCCUACACAGACUCUGACGAAAUGUACUCCACGUUUAGUGGAGUUCUCCUUUAUCCUUCCAUUUCUCAUGUUUAGGUUUACCUUGAACAGGGAAGAAGGGUAAGAUAUUCAGAAGAAAUUAAGUGUAAUAAAAUUCAAAGCUUUAAUAUAUUUAGUUUA